AUGAGAACGCGCACCAACGCGUUCAUCUUCAACCAAGCGGUGAUCGACCUCCUCGGAUCCGUGGUCAUCCUCAUGCAGACCGACGUGCCACUGCCCGACCCUCUACCCGACAACGCCGCUGGCUGGAUCUGGUGUCACAUUUGGAUCUCCAACUUCAUGAUCAUCAUAUUCUAUGUGCCUUCCACCUUCAACCUUCUGGCGUUGACCCUGGAGCGCUACUUCGCCAUCGUGUACCCUUACAAGUACCAGAUCACGUUCGCUACCAACCCUCGCCUGAAAGUAGGAGUGACCAUGGCGUGCUGCUGGAUCUUAGGUGUGGCGAUCAAAAGCUAUACCAUUCUGAUCGUGGAGAAGACUGCGGACGGCAAGUGCGUUUCCCGUCCUAUAUCUGGGUCCACAGUGAUCGGUAUCCUGACAGUAUUUCUACAAUACAUCAUCCCAGCUGCCGUGAUGCUGUUCGCUUACAUCCAUACAAGCGUGGAGUUAAAACGGCAGGCCGCUCGAGUUGGCCCGGUGAUGACGAUGGGGUGCAGCGUGUCGUCUGCAGACCGUCCCGUUUCAAACGCAGCCCCUCAAGAGAAUCUCACGGCAUCCCUGCUCCGAGCUCGACGGAACGUCUUCAAGACACUCCUAGUCGUCUUCGCCACUUUCCUCGUCUGCUGGUCGCCGAACCAGAUCCUCUUCUUAAUGUUCAACUUGGGCUGGAAAGUGAAGUUCAGCGACUGGCACUUCCUCCUGACCUUGGCCCUAGUCGCUACCAAUUCGUGCGUAAACCCCUUCAUCUACGCACUGAAAUAUCAACAGUUUCGUAACGGCGUGCGACAAGCAUUCUGCCAGGGGAGGCCUUCGGUAAACAGCAUUCCGUAUGGGAACGAUAACCCGACCACAAGAACAGAACUGAACGUGUAA